CGGUGGUGUUUUCGCCGGCACGAGUCGAAAUCCGCGUCACAAAUGCACGCAGGUCGCGUCGCUGCCCUAAUGGUGAGAUAGUAGGGCAGCUUUGGUGCUGCGCGGGCGCGAAGCUGCGUUCAACCAGGAUGACCACUUUGCAAGCGGUUUUGUGCCGGUCUGGUUUCUUGUCGUCGUUUCUGCUGUUUCUGUACUCGCCUGCGUGCCUUGCUGCGCAGGAUGUCCGACGCUACGACAACCAGGAAAGCAGUGCCUCCGCCUCUACCCACGCCGAGCAAGACGCCGGGGCGGCUCUUGAAGGAGCUGCAACGCCGACCGGCUGGGGCAACGAAACAGAGCGCGGCGUUCCCGCACCUGUGAUACCGCAGAAAGUAGACGAGAAAGGUGGACAGUCGCCAGGCCGCACCGGGGGCGCCAGCGCGGGGAACUUUGGCUUGGUGAACUUUCCGAAUUCCUACGUGGUGCCAUGGGAUUAUUACGCGUUGUCGCAAGCCGCACACGCAGUUCCACAUUCCAAGAAGCCAACACUUCUGCAAGAAGGCGGUCACAAGAACCCGAUCGGCAUCUUUUUGCGGAGUGAGCACCGGUCGAAUCACUUUCGAGCAAAACGAGGAAGGGCAAGAAGCUCGGUGAGCAUUUUCCCCCUCGCGCUUGAUUUUGAAAGCUACGGCACAGCCGCAAGUGGGCACGGACAUGUUGUCGAAGCAGAAGAUCCGAUCAUCCCUGAUGAAGAGCUCACGACACCCUCUCCCGGCCUCGCUUCUUACCUCGGCCCAACAACCGGCGCCGGUGACCCUAGUGCGGCUGCUUUUCCCGAAGCAGCUGCGACACCCCCGGCAAACGACGCGUCGGCGCUUGAGCUUCCUGUAUCGGCGGAGUGGAAUUUCAAUUCCGGAUUUGCGGAGGACAUCGGAGGUUCGGCAAACGUGUUUUACCCUGCUUCUUCCUUCGCAGGCAUGCACACUGCGGUUGGUUUCAGUGGCCGGAGUGGUGGUCGCAGUGGUACAUGGAAUUCCCAGACCAUACUCUACAGUCCCUACUUCACGGUUUUGCAGCACCAAGCGGAGCAGGAAUCGAGCAACGCGGGCCUGUCAAUCUUCUUUCACCGCCCCGUGGUCGUUUUGGAAAUUAACCUACGACACAAUCUCCCCGACUCGAAAAGCUAUACCAGCAAACAGACACGACUCCCCUCACCUCGUGCGCGUGCGGCCAUGGGCUACAUUUUAUCGCGGAAGCGCAGCACGGGUCUGGAACAUGUGGCGGGCGGGGCUGUGGGAGGUGGGCGGAGGGCCAACGAGAAGGUGUUUCUGCGGAAGGUGGUCGGGGAGAAAAACGCCGGAAAAGCAGGUUCGAGCAGGGAAAAAAUCUUCGGCGACGCCAUCACUCCGGUCACCGAACUGCAGUUUUUUGGAAGUUUCGGCACCGGGGCGGCGAAAGACUACACGGAUGAUAAUUUUCGGUCAACUUCUGAGAAGAGCAAGGUGCAGAAAAUUCGGUUCUGGCUGGAAUCGCUGAAGGUGUCGUAUUUAGAAGACAGUAAUGCCCUUGCACAGGACGGCGCAGACAGUUCCAUCUUGCCCGCGACUGUAGUUCCCCCGUCAGCGUCAGCACCUCACAGUCCGAUGAGAAUCAUGCUCAGCGCCAUGGCGCUGCAGCAAGAAGAGAUGAGUCUCCAAAAAAUGCAAGAGGAAACAAAAGCAAGCACUUCCAAGCCGCAAAAGAACCCUUCGGAGUUUGCUCCACGCACACUAUACCCUGAAAGUGUGUUCUUUCCGGCGAAGCAAGUGCUGCGAGACCACUACUCCGCGGCGGCUUCUCACGAAGCUGGUUUUUUUUCUGCGCCAAUUAGGGGGCAGUUAUUGUCGGACGUGCGCACUACACUGACAACGGGGGCGCCGCCGGCUGUAGUUGAGGGGAGAAGGUUAACUACCGCAGCAGAAGAUGCAGGACAAGAAGCUAGCACCAUCCCCGCCCCGCCCGCGGCAGCCAGGACGACGACGACGAAAAACCUGCGCGGAAGCAGCACGACGUCCACGCUGGCGCCGCCGGAAGAAGAAGCGGACAUCUUUCGGUACGUAAACCAGAACGCAGUAAAGGACCCAAAGGCAACUCCUUCGACAGGCAAUCUGCGAGGGAGUGCUAGCGCAAUAAAAGCUGCGGGUUCACCAACCUCCUCUUCUUCCGCCAUAAAUUCGAAGGGUGAUACGAUUUUUACAGGCGGUGCUGUAGAGAUGAAAGCCUCGCAGAUGCGUUCUCCCAGCCCCUUGCCGGAGCAUUCCUCGACUGAGUCCAUGCUCGAGGAGGAGCUGCUGGACCUCCUCGUCGAGCAAGUUGCCAACCUCCCAGAGCUGCACUUCAACUUCGACCGCCGAAUAUCCCCGACGCAACAGAUGAAAGUAUUCGGCGUCAGCUGCCUGUCGCUGCGCCACUUUUUGCGCGAGCACGUGUUGUCUUCUAGCGAAAAGGACCACGGGAUUGCCGACCGCGCUAUAAGGGCCGCGGUGGGGUGGACAAACAGCAACCCAGAGCGACGUGCAGCGGGAAGUAAUCAUGAUAGUACCAUCAACGACCAUCAGCAACGUGGUCUUCGGCCGCCCCCCGACCUUCUCGAGGUUUUCUUUCCCGUGGAGAAGAAAAUUUCUGCUUUAGAAAACCCAUUUCUACCCGUGGAAAAGGCUGCACCAGUGGAGAGCGCCACUGACAAAGCAUCUGUCGCAGAGCAAGAAGCGGUGCGGACGGAUUUUGUGAAGCUGCAGGGAUUUUUGCAGAAAAUUAUCUUUCGCCUGGAUUUGAACGCCGACUCGUCGGUGGUCAAGGAUGUCAUUUUGGACCAAAUUACAAGAGAAGCUGCCGGCGGUGUCUACCCGCUGUACAACAGCGAAAAUGUGCUGCACAGUAGCGGCCAUGGCAGCACUAGCACACCAGCCGGCAGCUUUGCUGGUGCAGCCGAUGUAGACGUGGCAACGUUUCCGCACAAGAUGGCGAACGAUUUUCAGACCAACAUGUUUCUGAAAAGCGGCAUGGACCUGGAUUUCGAGUUUAUGUCGGCCUUCUGGGACGACCACGAACACGAACAGGAUAUCAAUUAUGGCGAAAUAAAGAACCAGCACGACAGUUCUGUUCUUCCUCCCGUCGCAGCUGCAGGAGACCACUUCAAAAACUCCUUGGUGUUGCAGGUGUUCUUUCACUCGAUCGAGAAGUCCAUCCUGCCGAAGCUGCAGACCCGCGGGGAACUCAGCCUCGUGCGGGACGUGUUUCACCAGUACUUGACGGCGCUGGAUGCCGAAGCGCGGGGGCAGGCGGAGGAAAAGCAGCAGGCGAUCGCGCUCGGGCGCCACAAAUUGUUCAAAUUUCUGCACCAUGUGGAGCAGCUGUUGGAGCACGAGAAACUGCAGGCGUUGGACGACAAGCAGAGCGACGUGCUGUCUCGCGAAGACACCAAUUUGAACACGAACCCCGACCACUACACGCUGAAUUCCUGGAGCUUCGAAAUCGACAACAAAAUGGACGAGAACAAACUUUUGGCGGAGGAGGAAGCGGUACUGUACGUGGAUUGGAACACCGUUGUCGCAGCGGAAGCCUACAAUUUCAACUCCUUCCCAAUUUUGUUCAACACUCUGGCGCACAAGCUGCGCAGCUCCUACCACAAGGAAAAGGAGGAGGAAUUCGCGGAGUUUUUUGAGACCAGUUACCGCACCCUGGCCAAAAAACUGCAGCGGAUCCUGGAAUUCGGGGAGAGCAGAUUGAUUUUGAAAAGCGAGAACUACGCGUCUGGUGUCCAGGUCGAUCAGGAAGAUACCAAAAUGAAACAAAAGAUAGCAGAAGACCAGUCGCUACUCGAGGAUCAGAAAAAACCGUCGCCCGCUUUUCUCGUCACUGAGCAGAGCGUGCAGCAGGAGUUUUUCCUUCCGGCGCGGAUUCGCUUGAACUACAAUUGCUUUGACAACGCGGAACACUUCGUGGGAUUCCACCACACGAUGGGGACAACUACAGCAGCUUCAUCUACGCCAUCGAAGACUGGGGACACGUGUGUCGAAGUGGUCGAAAGCAAGAAGAAAAAUCGAGAUGAAAAAAACACCCCGGAACCUUCAGCAAGCACUACCGCCGCUGCACCAGCCAGCGAGAACCAAAUCUACCGGGUGGGCAAACGUCUCGGACAGGGGGGCUACGGUGCGGUGUACGAACUGAUUGAACCGCACAGCUAUGACUGUGUGCAAAAGGCUUGGAUUUCGUAUGUGUGCAAAUUAGAAUUACUAUGUCAGAAAUGGUAAAGCGAAAGAACAAACUGCACAACUGCAUAGAAUUAUGAUCUGCCGUGGAUUUAUUUGCACAUUUACGAGUUGUUCUAAAGUUUCUUUGCAGUGCAUAUUCCGCAGGGCGAGGAGCGGGUGAUCAAGUUUAUCUCGCCGCCCAAGGACAGCCGUCUGAUGGACGAGGCGGUGCUGCAAUUGUUCCUUACCCGCAAGGAGGAGGAGGAGGAGCGGUCGCUUGGAAAAGCCCGCCACUGCGUGCCGAAGCUGUAUAAGUUGCUGUUUCUGGAGCAGGGGGAGUACGCCCGGGAGGUGAUGAUCCGCGGCAACUCCGGAAAGGACUACAAAUUCUCCAAGGCGGUGAAGUUCGCUUUCGCGCUGAUCAUGGAAAAGGUGAACGUGAGUUUCGAGGACAAGGGCGCCUUCGCGCAGAGCAACCCGGUGGUGGAAACCGCACGGGAGCUGUUUCAGUGCCUGGAGAUGCUGCACGACGAAUACGGGACGCAUCACCACGAUUUGAAACCCUUAAACAUCGGCUACACGAUCGCGAAAGCGAACGAAAAGUCGAAGGUGCUCUUGCUCGACCUGGGCAUGGGCGUCACGCUGGACAAGGCUACGGACUACCGCAGCCGCUGGCUGGAGGAGGACAAUUUGCACUUUGAACUGGCCCGCGAGCUCCGCUUUCUGCCCAAGCCGGAGUACCUCGACAUCAACAAAGGAGAAUCUUCAUCUACGAAAAUCGGAGAAGUUGAUGCGGGACCUCCGGACGAGGACAUCAACCAAUCUCAUAGUGGUCGAACGAGCAGCACUGCGAGAUCUUCAGGGCAGCAGCCGGAGAUCAAAAAUUACUCGAUCCUGACCGUCGUGCAGCCGGAGGACGUGGUUCUUACCGGGCCGCUGCACCGGGCGGGUACCUGGUCGUACAUGCACCCGGUCCGGCUGAACCGAUAUUACGUGCGGCCCUGCGUAACGGUGGAGGGCCAGCCCUUCCCGAUCCCGGUGGACCAUGGGUUUGUAUUUGAAUUGGACUUUGCCUUCGACCUCUACAGCUGGGGGUGGACGGUUUUGAAGCUGCUGGAAAAGGAGGCCGACACCCUGGCGAGCGGUGGCGGCGCCAGUGCGCGCAAGCGGUCGCGGAAAAGCCGGAAGCGACAGGAGCGGGUGGAUCAGCAGCUCGCGCUGGCCAACCGGCUCGCGGCGAUCCGGGAAAUCGUGCAUUCGUACGUGAUGUCCCUGCCCAUCUUUUUCAACGACGUGGACCAGCACGAGCGCGGGCCGUCCAGCGAGGAGAAGAAAGCCAUUCAGGCGAAGCGGCGGCUGGACGACGAGUGUGUGGACGACGCCAUGUUUGUGCGCUACGUGGUCGGCGAGCUGUUCGAAACCUCCAGUCUGUCGGUGUUCAACAACAAAAAGCACGAUCCGUGCGAGGAUCUGGAACCCGACGUUGACGGGGACAAUGACUUAUACCAUGCUGGGCAGCAUCACUACGGAAAUAAUAAACAUCACAGUCGCUGGGAGGGGCGGGGCGCGCAGUGGGCGGCGGAGCAGCGCAACCCGCUGAUUGGGCCGACCGAGGUGUGCUUCAAGGGUUUCCCGGUGGACCUGGUGUUGCAGGAGAUGGGGGCGGCACACGUGGUCAAACAGCAGAUCGCGCGCGAGGAAAACGGCGGCAAAAACGCGGCGGUUCUUGCCUCCUCGUCCAUGUCCCUGUUGCAGGAGAAAAUGGAAGCCGUCUGGGAGCUGGUCAAACCCUUCGUCAUGCCGCUGCCCUUCUUCCCCGACUACCUCGAAUACAUGAGCGAAUUCGGCGACUCGGUGAAGCCGAUAGAACUUCAUCAUCGAAGUAGCACAGACAGUAACAACGCAACAAAGCAUCAAGUCUCUGGUACAAUAUCUGCCAAAAAGCCAACCUUUUUCCACGAAGUGACGCAAUCCAGUCAGUUUUUGCUGCGCCAGUUCGAGAAGAAGCGGAAGAAGGAGCUGUUUCAGUCCUGCAGCCGCUUUGUCGAAUACUACUUCCAAGAAGCAGGCCCCACCACCGCGGCGGCGACCAGUUCGGCUCCCGGGUUUUCCUUGUCCAGUUGGCAGCAACAGCAAGACGCCGCAAUAGCGGCCCAACAACAAGCAGUGUACGAUCACUACCACAGUACCGCGGGGGCCGGUAUUCAGCACGACCUUUUGGGGGACGACCAAUUCCGUGUUCAGGACCAUCUGGACACUGCCACCGCCGGCAGCAUGCACUUGCACGAGACAGUCUCUGGUCAGGUACAGGCCGGUAAUAGCCUGCUGUAGUGUUGUUCGCGCUGUGGCAAAUAGGUAUUUUUUUCAUGGAGUUUUAGGAAUGUUUUUGAAACGACAAGCAGUCAAUAUGGGACACAGCUUUAGUGUCCAAGUUGUGAACGAAGAGAAGAGUAUAAUAUGGCAUUUGUAUGGAAGAGAAAUUGAACACCAAAAUCUGAACAAGAUUAAGGGAAACAAAGAAACUUGCAACAUAAGACGGGAAGAUAUAAGUUGUGCUAGUACUAGACAGGAAUCAUCUCCAAAGAUCGCGAUGGCGCGUGCACAAAUUUAUUUUUU